CAUGCCAGCUGUCAAACAUGUUGUGCGUAUGAGUGUUUUUUAGAUUAAGAGAAAUAACAACGAAACAUAAACGUAUAAACUUAUCGUUUCAUUUAAAAUCAACUUUGAACUCAACAAAAACAUCGACACAAAAUUCAAUUAAUUUGUGAUCCACGUGUGACGAAAUUGUACAAAAAUGCCAAAGGUUGUGUCACGCAGUAUCGUAUGUUCGGAUGUAAAAGAUCAACAGGAGUAUAAUGAGGAGAAUCCGCUACACAUUUACUACUGUUUGUGUGGUCAAAUGACGCUGAUUUUAGAUAGUAACAUAGAGAAGUUGCCAUUGCGUAAAAAAGACGGUGCCAGAGUCAUCGAUUCCACACAUCAUGCACACAAAAUCACCUGCGAACCAGAUGAAACUAUCUAUGUACGACGCGAUGUUGGCAUUGAGAAGCAGUACCGAUUUAAGUGUAAAACAUGUCAUUUGCCCCUAUUCUAUCGGCACAGUCCAGAUAGUAAGGUGACAUUCGUUUUGAACCGUGCCGUUGUUCAAUCGAAGAAUGAGAAUCCAUUCAAGGCCAUCAAUGAUUUGGCUAAUCAGCUAUUGGCAACACAAGGACCACGCAAAGUAUUGGUGACCAAACACACGAAAAAUAUGGGCAAAUUCAGCUCCGUUACUGUUUCAACCAUCGAUGAGGAAGAAGAUGAAAUUGAGGCUAGAGAAGUGGCAGACAGUUAUGCGAACAAUGCACGCAUCAUUGAAAAGCAGCUGAAACGAAAGGGUGGCAAACUCAACGAUAAUCCAGACUCAAAUAACACAACGUUGCAGUCGAAAAAAACACGCGGAACUCUUCUAAAUCUUUAACUGCUUUAGCUUUACUUGUACAAAAAUAAAUCGCUUUUAAACUCUACUCAUACGUUCUAGUGGCCUAUAGACAAUUCUGUAUUUUUCAGUCGAAUGAAUUGAUGAAUAACAACAAAAUUAUUUC